AUGAGAUCCUCCAUGAUACUGCCAGCAAGCUACUUGCUCCUUACUCACUCGAGCUGGGCCAGACCUACCAAUGAGGUUCAACAAGUCUAUUCCGGAAGCCACGACUUCGACAGCAAUCACGAGAAUGGAAAGGCGUUCAGCUCGGGCGACCUUUAUGGUUGGGUAGGCUGCAGCGUCAACGAUCGGUCCAGGAUUUUGGAAGCCAUGCACGAUUCGAGAGACAUCCUGGAUACACACAGAGUGCGAAACUUCGCAGAUUGGAGGCAGACACCUGUAGCUAUUCAGCUCUUCGGGCAAGCAGUUGCGAAUGACUACCAUGGAUGGUCGUCCAGAGUGCAGCAGAACUUCAGGAGUGCACACGAGUUCGCAGCGGGCACUCAUAGCGAGAGGGUGCAGGUCUUCUGCCACGACCAGUCGAUGGAGGGGCCACUGAAGGAUGAGUGUGCAUCUUCAAGACAGCCUGAUCCUGUUGUAGUGGCCAGGAAUUAUCUGGGAGGUGAUGGACCGGCCUUGAUGUUGUGCGACAAGUGGUUCCAGAUGCAGAGCAUGACCAGUGCAGCAGAGAAUCGUGGUACUUCAGCGACCGACCUUGACACCGCCGAGAAUCAAGCCAGAGCCUUCAUAACGGCCUUGAUGCUAAUUCCAUCCAUCGCUCCGUGGCCACAAGAUCAUCAUGGACCCAGUAUGAUCUAUCGCAAGGUAGUUCUAGCCGCAUUGUUUCCGCCUAAAGUAAUGGCUAACAGUCAUCGUAGCAAUUGCUUCCUGGCGACACUGUCCAGCGAUAUGUUACUUCCGCCGCUGCGUGCGAAAAGCUGGCGGCCAUCCAAGAUGCCAAUUUCCGAAGGACCAUCUCGAACGCGGACACGUACUCGUGGUAUGCUCUUGCAGCCUACCUCCGGGACAGCGAGAGGCGCCGGUAGCAGUGUGAUGAUUGAUAGAAGGAAUUCCAGAUCCAAGCCGGGAGGAAGCUGGGGUUUAUGA